AUGGAUCUGGAUAGUAUUGAAGGUCUGAAUGAGGUUCGUCCAGCAGUGUAUCGUGCUGCACUAAAACUUCGCUCCUUACAAAAACUGUGUCAGAUGCACCUGGUGUCACUGCGGGAUCUACGGCCCAUUUUAAACACUCUAGGCAGUACUGGGGACCCAAUGAUUAGGCUUUCUCAUGAGGAUGUACACCAAAGUCUAGAACAGCUAUUUCAGAGCAUUUCACAGGAACUUCCUGUUCAGGCGGUACCUGAAGCCACAGAUCAAACCACUAGAUUACUCUUUAAGCUGUUUGACAGAAACCAGACAGGUGUUAUCCUGCUCAGGUCAGUAGAAGCUGCGCUGAUCGCCCUUUCUGGAGACACUCUCUCAGCUAAACAGAGGGCUCUGUUUCGACUGGCUGAAAGCUACAGUGGCAAUCAGGAUAGUGACUGGGGCACCAUCAGCCGAAGUGGACUCAGAGUCCUGGUGGAAGACCUCAGCCAGGUUCCAGCAGUGGUUCAGGAAAACCAUGUUUUUGGUUCUGCUGAAACUGCAGUGUCAUCCUGCUUCAGUGGGGUAAUGAGUGGAAGUGUGAGUGAGGAACAUUUUAUCAGCUGGCUACAAUCAGAACCCCAUCUGCUGUUAUGGCUCUCCACUCUCUACAGACUUUCAGUGAGUGAGGCUGUACAGCACAGAGUCCGCUGCCAUACCUGUAAAGAAUUUCCUAUCACUGGUCUCAGGUAUCGCUGUCUCAAGUGUCUGAAUGUACACCUGUGCCAAAACUGCUUUCUGACUGAGAGACGCAGCAGGAAACACAAACCCUCUCAUCAUGUACUGGAGUACUGCACUCAGCCUUCCUGGAAAGAGUCAGUUGCAUCACUGGCCUCCAGUGCUCGACGUGCUUUGCUGCCUCUAUAUCACACCCGGAGAGAGACAGAGAGGAAGAGAGCCCUGAGAGCAACAUCCAGGGCAGAGUUGCAGUAUAGUGCACCUUCUCCAGUGCUACAGUCAGUAGAAGCUCCUGACACAAGGGAAGCUCCAAGGUCUGAAACAGGUCCUUCUGAUGCCCCUGCUGUGGUUACAGUAGAGUCUAAAGGUCUGCAGACAGAAGAGACCGAGAUGGCUCAGAGAGAAACAGCUCUUCUCCAAAAAGAUCUUAGUGUUACUCAGAAAGACAUGAAGGAUCUGCAGAGAGAUAAAUGGCUCUUGGAGAAAGAGUUUCAGGUAUGGAGAGUUGCAGCCCAGUCAGAGCAUGAUUCACUGGAGGACAAAUGCACAGAUUUGAAGACCAUGAUGGAGACACUAAGCCAACAUAACCAGCAUCUGGAGGAAGAACUGGAAAGAGUCAGACAUGCGUUGACUCUGAGGGACAGAGAUACACUCAGAAGUGAGUCUCAACAUCCCUCUCUCUCAGGACUUCUCCCACAAAAUGAAGACAGCAUUAGUGAGCAUGACUGGACACGACGAGUGUGUUUAACACCUCAUGACAGCUUCUGUGGAGAGGAUGAGAUUGAGAAGGGGAGAAAAGUAUAUCAGGAGGAAAAGACAGAGGAGGAAGAGAAAGAAGUGGAGGAGGAGGAGACUCUUUAUCGGGCAUCAGAGGACAUCUGUACAAAUCUGGAUGACACAGACAGUGUUUUGAUGCUGGAAGUUCAUACAGAUUCAUUUACUGAGGAGGUUGAGGAGGAAGAGGAGGAGCUACUGCAUGAAAGACAAGAUCUUUCUUUUCAUCAGCCAUCCUUGCAUGCUUUUGCACUGAAAGAGCGUUCUAUCUCUGAUGACUCAGAGAUGGAAGAGGAGGAGGAACUUUGUGAGCUGGUGCAGCGACUGAGGCAUGAGCUCUCUCUAUACACAUCCACAGGAUCUGGAUGUCUGCAGAGAGAGGUGCUAAUGCUUGCAGCAGAGGGAGUCAGAGACUCGGUUUCUAACAUGGUCACCUCUCUAUGGUCUAGUUUAACAUGAUGGCAGCUGAUUACAUGUCGCAAAUAAUUCUCACACGUUCGCAAACCAAUAAAAUAACAUUUCUAGCACACACCACAUCACAAGAUUCAUCAUUAUGGUAAAUGCUCCCAGUGGGCUAUUGAUGGUGGACACCAUUUCAUCAAUUGAAAAGCCAUUUAUUAGAAAUUAUAUCGCAUUUGAAAAUAAAUAGGUUGCAAUUAUUUUUCCAAAAUCUGCCAGACAAUGCUGCGUAAUUGUUUAGCAUAUUUUGAAUUGCAACACUGGAUAUUUAUAUGGAUAAUCUAGAAGUGACAUUGGUUAAAAUGCAGGGUUGGGGAGUAAUGGAAUACAUGCAUGGAUUACAUAUUUAAAAUACAAAAUAUAAGUAACUAUAUUCCACUACAGUUACAAUUUAAAUCAUUGGUAAUUAGAAUACAGUUACAUUCAAAAAGUAUUUUGAUUACUGAAGAGAUUACUUUGCAUUUUAUUAUCUUUUGUUUCAUUUAAUAUUUAGUCCUUUCAGAUGGAAAACAUUUAUACAGGUGCAUCUCAAUAAAUUAGAAUGUCGUGGAAAAGUUCAUUUAUUU